AUGGAGCAGGCCUUCAAGUUCUUCGACACGGACGGCUGCGGUUCCAUCGACAGGGCGGAGUUCCGGAAGGCCCUGCCCCUCAUGGGCGAGAAGGUCUCAGAGGCCAGGAUCGACGAGCUCUUCGCCAUCGUGGACACCGACACCAACGCCAAGGUAGACGUCAACGAGUUUGGAAGACUGGUGAGGGGCAUGAAUCCCAAGGGCUACACGGCCGACGACGCCCUGACCGCGUUCAAGGGCGCGGCCGACGAGGUGGGCCACGUGUUCCAGGAGUGGACGGCAAACCUCACGGCAGGUGCAUCAGCCUUCGGCGCGGCGUGGUCCGCGGACCUCAAGGGGCUCGGCCCCCUCGAGAUGCGGAAGGCGGGCCGGGGCGCCGCCGCGGGUGUCGCGGCGCAGGGCGGCGCGGCUGCCAUGGGCAAUCCAAACAGGCGCGCACAGGCCGGAGGUGACGGGGAGGCGGGCACGUGGUCAUGCGGAGUCUGCUUCACCAAGGGCUUGUGCGGGGCGCGCCUGCAGUGCACGACCUGUGGCACCUGGGCGUCUCCUGGAGUGCGUGCGCGGCUGGAGCGGGAGGCCAAGCGGCGCAAGCUGGACCGGGAGAACCAGGGCAAGGGCGGCAGGAGCGGCAGGGAGGGAAGCGGCAAGGCGGGCGGCAAGGGCGACAGGGUCCCCCCGCCUCCGCCGUGGGCUCCCUGGUCUUGGCCCGCUCCGGGGGAGGCAGGCGGCUGGCCCAGCUAUUGGGCACCGCCCCAGCCGCCCACGCUCGGAGGAUGGCUGGACGCGGCCGCCCGGCAGCACAGCACCGGCAAGGACAACAAGGACGGCAAGGGCGACACGGUGUUGGCGGCCAUUGAUGCUCAGAUCCGUUCAUUGGAGGGCCUCCUCAAGGCCGACGGCGACAACGAGGACCUCGCGAAGGCCCUCGCCGGCGCCAAGGCCAAGAGGGAGCAGCACCUGGCUGCUAAGCGGGCCGCCCGUCCAAAGGGCAUCCAGCUACAGCAGCUGGACGACAAGAUCACGGGGGUCAGCAAGCGGAUCGCGGCGAUCCAGGAGACGGAGCUUGUCAAGCUCAAGGAGCAGCGUCAGAAGGCGUUGGAGGACUUCGACCAGCAGAUCGCGAAGCGGCAGGAGGAGCUGGAGCAGUGCGAGGCCCAGCGCACCUCCUUCCAGGCGGAGCGGGUCAAGCUCGCCAAGGAGGUUCAGGACGAGGGUGGCCCCGCCGUCGCCGCCCCCCACUUCGGACCGCAAGUGGUGGCCGAUCUUACGCAAUUCCUCGACCAGCUGCCCACCGUGCUCGCGAGCAUGCAGGGCUCCGCGGAGGUGCAGCAGCGCGUCCAGGCCGACAUCGACGGCAGCGAAGGUGCCGGAAGCGAGCGCGUCCCCGUUCCACAUCCAGAGGCGGACGACAUCAACAUGCAGCAGGAGUGGGCCAACAGUGCCGACGUGGACGAGGCCGAGCGCAUCAAGCGGAAGGAGCAGCUCGCCGGCUUGCAGGCUUACGCCGCCUGGUGCAGAUUCCGAUCCAGGGCCCAUGGGCAGAGCCUGCUCCAGCUGCACCUGCACAACAGCAGCCUGUCGUGGCGGCGCCUGGAGGAUUUCCUCCAGGACCAGGGCGCGAAGGCAGUGCAGGAGGGCCGACUGCCCAUCGUGUUGGGUCAAGAGCAUGGCAAGGCGGCGCCAUGGUUUGCUGACGCCGCUGCUGGGAUAGCAGCCAAGGGCUGGCGCGUGCUGGGCGCCCCGGCCAAGCCCACGGAGGGCGGCAGCAGCGCGGGCGUGUCCAUCGCCCUGCCCACAUGCUUGACCGCGUCCUUCGCGCCAGGCCAGACGAGCUGGGACAUCAGCCCUCCAGGAGGCGAGGGCAGAUUGGCGAUGGCCGUUGUCACCAUCCCGGGCCUGGGCGCGAUGGCCAUCUUCAGCGUCUACAUGGUGACGUGCAUGAAGCUGGACGCCGCCGUGAAUGCGCAGAUCUUGGACGUCAUCGCCGAGUGGGUCAUCCAGCUACGGAUCCCGUGGGUGGUUGGCGGUGAUUGGAACAACCGUCCAGAUGACUUGGAGCGCAGCCCAUGGAACCAGGAGCUGCGAGGCUGCAUCAAGGCCACUGCCCACCCGGAGGGCGCCUGCAAGAACAGCCAGGGCGACCACAGCACCAUCGACUUUUUCUGGCUAGAUUGCAAGCUCGGGCAGGCCUUUGGGGAGGUCACUCCGCACGUGGAGAUGCCGUUCAGGCCGCACCGGCCGUGCGUGAUGCAGUCCACAGCGCCCUGGAAGGCGUUCAUCGUGAAGCAGCUGGAGGAGCCAUGGCAGUGGCCCCUCAAGCGACCAGGCACGAAGGAGGAGCAGGCAGAGGUGCAGCACCCACCUGUCCCGCCGCUCACGGGCACGCCGUCGAAAGACGGCCUGGACGCAGCGUGGUCGGUCUUCUGCGACACCGCCGACAGCCAGCUCCAGACCAUUUUCGGCAUGUCGGACCUCCGGGCCUCGAAGUAUAAGGGUCGAGGGCAGGCGCCACGCUUGGUUGAGAAGGAGCUCCUUCCAAAGUGCCCGAGCGCGGUCAACAGCAGAGGCCCCGCAUGGGCAUGGCGGUGGCUGUCGGUGGAGCUCUCGUGGAUUGGCGUGGCGGCCAUCCACGUCGUGAGGCGGGGCCUGCCUGCCGGGUCCCCGCCAGUGCUGGAAAGACGGAGCGGCGAUGAGGCAGACGGCAGCGUCCAGGUCAAGCAGUACCAGGCGGCGGUCGUCAGGUUGCAGGCGUCUGUGCAGCAUUGGGCACUCAUGGACGGGAUUGGCCACCACCUCAAGACAUUGAUUAUGGGCCUAUUGGAGGUGCCCCUCACGGUGGACGUCAUCCGCGUGUUGGAGGGCAUCAAGGAGGCGGCGAAGGCACGUGCGCAGGAGUGGGAGGUGGCCGUCAUGAGGGAUAGGAGCCGCAAGUUCCGUGAGAAGCUCGACGAGAAAUAUCCGGGCUCGGCGGGCCUGCUGCACAAGGUCUGCGCGUGGCGUGCUGCGUGGCUCCCACCGCGGGGCUCCGUCAGCAAGGCUGCUCUCCCUGCUCACCCCCAGCAGGCGGUCGAGCAGGAGGCAAAGGAGUGGGGUGCCGUGUGGCAGGCGGAGCAGGGCCCGUACGCCAAGCUCUGGGUGGGCCAGGGCCGCAGCCUCGGCACCAUCGACACCGCGCGGCUGCGCAAGAUCUGCAGGGCUUACAAGGAGCGCGCGGGCGUCAUCGGCUGGCACCCGAGACACUGGAGCUGGCUUAGCGACGACCUGCUCGAGUACUUGGGCGUGAUGUUGGAGUGGUGCGAGCAGCUGCGCGCAUGGCCCACAAGCAUUCGGCUCUUGGUGAUCUUCAUCUUGGGCAAGACGGACGGGGGGGGAAGGCCGAUCUGCCUGUUGCCCACGCCCGUCCGCAUCUGGGAGGGCAGCCGCGCCCACAUCCUCGAGGCUUGGGAGGCGGAGAACAGCAGGGACUACGACUGGGCGGCCCCAGGGAAGAGCAGCGAGCAGGCGGUCUGGCGCGUCAUGCUGGACGACGAGGCCUGGGGGGAUAGCGGCUUCUGCUCGACCAGCGUCAUGCUGGACGUCACGAAGGCGUACGAGCACGUGUCCCUCAACCUGCUGUGGGUCUUUGCCAUCAUCAUGCGGUGCCCUCUCGACCUCGUCGGCCUCGCGCUGGAGGCCUUUUCGGCCCCGCGCUACCUGCGACGGGAGGGAGCAAUGGCGGACGCCGUCACCACCUUGGUUGGCUUGCCGGCAGGAUCGAAGUAUUCGAAUAAAUUGCUGAAGGUGUUCAUGUUCUGGGCCUUGGACCUGGUACUUAAGGGGUGCCCCUUAGCGCAGCUCAUCCUGUACGUGGACGACAUCACGCUGCGGUUGAUGCACUCCGCACCGCGCCUCAGGCGUGAGGUGAUGCGAACUCUGCGCUUCCUCAUCGUGCUCCUGGAGCAGGCUUUGGGGCUUCCGCUAGCGCGGGGUCCCGAGGGCAAGUGCGUCUUCGUCGCCAGCACCGAAGAGGCCAGGGGCCUGCUGCAGGCACCGAUGCUGGAGCUCGGCAUCAAGGAGGGCAGCGUGGAGCGAUGGCUGGGCAUUGACUACAACCCGCAGCAGAAUCACAAGAGCAGGCCCACCAGGCAGAAGCGGCUGGCAACCGCGAGGCACAGGUGGAGGAAGGCCGCGUGGCUCCGGCGAAGGGGCAUCAAGGUGCGCAGGUUCGUGUCCCAGGGGGUCGCCCCCUCCUUGGCCUACGGGGCUACGUGCGAAGGCACCCCACCGCACAUCCAGCACUUCCUGGCGGCCAAGCUCAAUGCAUCCAGGGCGGGGUCAGGCCCUUUCCGUUCGGCCACGAUCAACGCGGCGCUGGAGGGCGACCUCGUGGCCGAGAUGGUGGCAACAGCCCCACUCUUGGCUUGGGCGAAAGAGUGCUGGGACCACAAGAGCAUGCACGGGGGCCUGCAGCGCGCGUGGGCACGGCAGCAACGACGUCUGGCCCCGUACCUGCAGGGCGAUACCACCAGCAAGGAGCGGUGGGCGGCCGUGCGAGGGCCUGCGGCGGCCACCAUUCUCACGUGCCGCGAGCUGGGCUGGCGGAUGGUAGACUACCACACCAUCGACACGAAUCCGGGGGGCCCCGGGGACGACGGCAGCGCGCCAGGGGCCUCCGCGCCGCCAGGCAACUCGGCGGCCGUGGGCCUGCGACGGCCCGAGCUGUUGCCAGACGCACAAGGCGCCCGAGUCAUCGACAUGUUGCGCGAGUGUCCGAAGGAGGUGGCGGCGCGGGCUAAGGAGACCCUGAGCGGCGUCAAGCUCGACACCUGGGUGGCGAGCAGCGGGCGCGAGGUGCUCAGACCGAGGCCUUGGCUGGCGCCGCUCCGCCAGUUGCAGAAGAAGCAAUUGGCGAAGGGUUGGACCAAGCACCACCGCAAUGCGGCGAAGGUGGCAACGCUGGGCGGUUACCCGGAGCAGCGGGCCCUCUUCGCACAGGGCAGGGCGGAGAGCCCAGACUGCCCUCUGUGCGGGCAGGAGGAAGGCAGCAACAUGCACCUCUACUGGCGGUGCGCGGCGCCCCAGUGCCAGGAGGCGAGGGCGAAGCUGUCAGACCACAAUGACCCCGCCAACUUCCGCGACGUGGUGCACCUCGGCGCCUCCGCGAGGGACGAAUGGCUGUGGACACGUGGACUCAUGGCCGACCCAACUAUCGGUGUCACCUGGAAGCUGCCAGCCGCCGAGCAGCACUGGGGGCGCAUGGACGGCCCAGGGAUAUUCGACGGGAGAGUGGCUACAGAUGGCUCGGUGGUCAAUCCGAGCUGGGUCCGCCUUCGCGCGGGCGGUUGGGCGGUCGUGAUGUUCGAGCGGGGCGAGCUCGCACAAGGCCUGUGGGGCCCCCUCCCCGUGCCGGCAACGAGCAGCCUCGUCGCGGAGCUGUGGGCGUUGGCAAUGAUGCUGCAGCACGCGGGUUUGGUGACCGAGGUGCUCUUAGACAACCAGGCGGCCGUUGACGGGCUGUUGUCGGGGCGUGCCCGCUGCUGCAACAGCGCGGCCCUCUGUGCGCACCUAUGGACCUGGAUCUGGGACCUGCUGGACGAGCGCGACCUCAGCCCUGGCGUCAGUCUGGCGGUGGCGAAGGUCAAGUCCCACACGUCCCAGAAGCAUCGGGCGAAGAUGGACGAGGUGGACCAGGAGCGCUACCGCAUGAACGAUGCGGUGGACAAGCUGGCGAAGCAAGGAGCCGCCCAGUGCCCGGUCCCCGAGUGGGCGGUGGCCCUGGCCAAAUCCCGCAGCAGGCAGAUCAAGCGGGUUAUGGAGUACGUGGCAAGUUUUCGCGUGCUGUUGGCGGGGGUCGCCACAGCAGUGGCCGAGAGGAGGGGGCCGCGGCAUCAGGGGAAUGCUGGACGUCGCCCGCCAGUCCAUCGUGGUCACGAGUUGGUCCUCCACGGGACGACGUGGCGUUGCCGCCACUGCAAGGCCCACUGCCGCACGCAGGCGGGCAAGCGGAAGCUGGACCGCGAGGAGUGCAGACCUGAGGCCGAGGUGGAGGCCGCGCGAGCAAAUCGGCAGGCGCGGCGGCGCCGGCAGGGCGAUCCGCCGCCUCCGAGGCGGGGCGCUGAGGGCGACGGCGGCGGUGACGGCGGCGAAGGCUCGCCCCGCCCUGGGCGCCCCGACGUGUCGCGGCCGCCCCCCGCCCCUACGCGCGAGCACCGCUGGGUGACGGCCGGCGACUUCGUGGUGUGCCGCGUGUGCGGGGCGUUCUACAGGUGCCGAGCUCGACGGGCCCUGGAUGGCUGCACAGGCAAGCUCACCAACGCCCCGAGGGACCAGGCGCGGCGCCGACGCCGAGACCGAUUGCUGGAUGGGCGCAACCCCUACACGGGCGUUGCGAUGGGCGGCGAGGUCGUGGAGGGUCGCGCCCGCGACGCCUGA